GAGAAGCUCUCCACACACAGCGGACUCAUCUGGGAAUUCUAUCUGGAGGCUUACUGGGAUUGGGAUCUUCCACUGGAUUUCUAUUUUGUUUGAAGUGCUAUUUCUUGAGAGGUAAGAUAAGAUAAGUCUUUUGUUUACACUGUGCUGCUUCACAUCAGUAUAUUCUGUAAAACAUAUAUAGACAUAUAUAUAUGUUCAUAAAGCCUGGGUCGAAUGGAGACACGACUUUACAACAAUAUGGAAGAUAGACAACAACUGCUGGAAUAAAAGAGAAGUUCAUAUAGUCUCCAUAGAAACUGUAUGGAAAACCGACCAUGACCUGUUAGGACAGAGAGAUUAAAUACCUGAACAGAAUAAUCCUGAAUGAGCAUAUGCACAAAAAUGUUUAUCUCUGCUAGAAAAUUAUAAAGCUGUUCAUUUCCCCAAUUUUAGAGUUCAACUGUUUGUAUUUAAUAUGAUUUUUAUAUAUUUUAAACUAGGUCGCUACAUCAGUGGUGUCCAAAGGGUAGCCCGGGGGGCCAUUUGCAUCCCGCAGGUGUUGCUUUUUUGGCCCGCAGCACCUUCUAAAAACAUAAUGUGACAAAAAUGUUUUAAAUGAAACAGCAAAAAUCUGUAGUAAUUCUACAAGAAUAAAGAAAAUUUGUAAUCCAACCAUAAAAAGUCACAAUAUUAUGAGGAAAAAGUAUAUCAUUGUACAGCAAAAAGUUAAAAUAUUUAAGAAAAAAGAUGUAUUCAUAAGAUGGAAUAAUAUAAGAAACGAAACAAGUAAUGUUUGUGUAAAAUUUGAUAAAUUUAUGCAAAGUCAAAAUAUUUCAGGAAUAAAGUUGAUUUAUAAGGUUAAAGACGAUUUAUAAGAAUAAAGUUGAAAUAGUCACACAAAUGGGGAAAACAGCUGAAAUAGAAUAGUCAAAAUAUUAAGAGAAAAAAGUCAGAAUUUCAUAAGAAUAAACUCUUAAAAUAAUAAUGUCACUAUUAUUAGUAGCAUUAUUAGCAUUUAGUAGCAUUUAGUAGCACUUGAAAUAUUCAAUAAAAAUAUUUUAAAAAUAUAAAAACCAACCAAAAAAAGUUUUAAUAUUUGGAAAAUUAGGUUGAGGAAUAAAAUAUAAAAUAUAAAGUUUAAAGUAAUUUUUCAUGUUCAUUUCAUGGAAAUGGUUUCGACACCUCUGAGAUGCAUAAAGCAUUGUUUACUUACUUAGCUUCCAAAAUACCAUUCAACAUUUUGCUAACAUUGCCAAAUAAAUGAUCAUCUGUUAACCAUUUGGCAAACAAUGCUGCAAAUAUACACCAUGUGCUGUGUGCUCUCUCUGGGUGCAUUUCUAUUUCUCAUCCAGGGACAAAUGAGUUUUACAUCCACGAUGAGCGCCUGCAGAGGGUCUUACCUGCAGAGGUGUGUGCUCCCAGGGGGGGCUGCGUUGUUGUUGUUGUUGAUCCUGUUGGCCGCUGUGCUGCCGGUGAGGGGCGACUGUCCCCAAUCUUGCGUGUGCUCCGUACCCAGUGAAGUGCACUGCACCUUCCGGUACCUGAACGCAGUACCUGCCCACAUCCAGCCAACUGUGGAAAGAAUUAAUCUUGGAUACAACAGUAUAACUGUCUUACGAGAGAAUGCUCUUUCGGCACUUGAGAAAUUACAAUUACUAAUGCUGCAUAGCAACCUUAUCCACACUAUUGAGGACAGAACAUUCCAGGACUUAAAAUCGCUACAAGUCCUGAAGAUGUCCUAUAAUAAAGUAAAGGAACUCAACAAACAAACAUUCAAAGGCCUGGAGAGUCUGCAGAGACUCUACAUGGACCACAACCACAUUGAGUUCAUCAGUCCAGAGGCUUUCUACAGCCUCACCGGUCUGCAAUUAGUCAAUCUGGAGGGUAACCAUCUGCAGCAGCUUCACCCGGACACGUUCAUCACCCUCAGACACAGUCAGGUGUUCAAGGUGUCCUCAAUCAGGACCAUCUACUUGUCUGACAACCUUCUCACCAGCUUGCCCGAGGAGAUUUUCUCAGGGUGCAGCCAAUUGGAGAACGUCUUCCUCCACGGGAACCCCUGGUCGUGUGAUUGUCGAAUAAAAUGGUUUGCACUGUGGACACAGAGGCACACAGGAGUGCUAAAAUGCAAGCGGGAUCGGCGGUAUCCUCGAGGGCAGCUGUGUCCUGUUUGUGAUAAUCCUUCCCUUUACCACAAGAGACCUCUCUCUCUUCUUCCUACUGAUGCCUUCACUUGUACUAAACCCUGGAUUCGCUCCCAUCUCAAGCAGAAAAACAUCAGCUUGGAUGAAGGGGAUUUUACACCAGUUUCUCCUCGGGACUUUGUUGCCCCACUCGGGUCCAUACAAAUGAACCUGACAGAUCAGUUUCACAGUGGUGCCAGCCUAUUGUGCACUGUCCAAAGGCCAUCUCAUUUUGACAACCAUUCACUUACCUUAGAGGAGGAGGCUGGUAACAAUAUCACGGCACUUACAGCAAACAUCACAACAUAUUUGGUCUGUAACACUGACUAUGAACACAUUAGACAUUUGUGGCAAGUCCUAGCAGCCUACAGCGAGACUCCCAUGAGACUGGAGCGAGGCUUAAUGUUGGCUAAAAGUCCAGAAAUGGUGUACAAAUAUAGUCAAAAAAAGGUGGAGGAUGAACCACACUCGAAUAUUGAUGCUGAAAUCAAAGCCCUUCCAGCAUGGUUGAUGCAAAGUGAAGUUAACUUGCAGCUUGACCGUGCUACCACUACUUUUUCUACUCUGCACAUCAAGUACCAGUCUGUGGUCAACUUACGUAUAGAAAACACAGCCCCUAGGAAGAACAGCUAUUCGUGGACCAUGAUAAAGAAAGACAACAAAACCAAGACUGAACACACCGUACUAACAGGUGGUGUGGUACAGCUUAUCUGUCAAGUCUGCGGAGAGCCAAAGCCUUUGUUGGAAUGGAUUUUACCAGAUGGAAUUAAAGUUCGAGCCCCUUACACAAGUGAUGACAGUAGGAUCAUAAUCACUGCUGAAGGGAAACUCACUCUUCGGGGUGCAGAUGUUUCGGACACAGGGCUCUAUCGCUGCAUUGCCACAAACUACUUGGAUGCCGACAUUCAAAUUUUUAGAGUGACGGUUCUCUCCCCUGAUGUAGAGGAGGCCGAUAUCAAUGGCGUCCAAAUAUCACAGAGACUGGGGGAGAAUAUUGUUUUCGACUGCAGUGCCACGGGAAGUCCUGGAGCUUCGAUACAAUGGAUACUCCCAGACCACUCAGUACUGGAUACGUCCCAUGGAAACAGGAAGAUGUACGAGAAUGGCACUCUGCUGAUUGAGGGUCUCACUGCGAGGGAUCAAGGAUUUUAUCGGUGUUUGGUUUCCAAUUACUUGGGAUUUGACCUUUUGGUUUCUCAAGUAAUGGUAAGUGAACCCUCUGAGGCGGUGACAGGUUUUAAUACAGAUGGAUCGGGGAUGGAGAUGGAGAGCCAGGUGGAUCCAACUUUAACUGACAGUGCAGUCACCCCCACUGACAGAGAUACUGAGGAAUCUGUGGGCAUCACAUUACAUCAACUUCAUCCCAAACUGAGGUUACGGGGAAAAGGAGGUACAAGAGGUAGAAUGGGACAGAGGAGGUAUUCAGUCAACAACAGACGAACAUUUGGCAGUAGGGGCUCUGCUAAAGCAACAAGGAAAGUGGAUCCAGCGAAAUUUGCAGAACUGAUGAAGAAGACUCAAGAAGAAGCCAAAAAAAAUACUCAAACAGGGAGAAAGAUGAUAAAAGAGUCAAAUAAUGAUUUUUCAAACAAUGAUGAAAUUGGGUCUGGCGAGGUACAUGACGACAAUCUCAUUUUGCUUACUACACUUUUGCCAAAUUCACAUAACCGCCACAAAGGUAAUGUAUUUGGGACGAGAAACAGACAGUCUGGCAUAACCACGGAAAACAGCAAAGAGGACAAACUCACAACUGAUUCUAUGACAAUCCAAAAAUCUGUAUUUACACACAUUCCAGCGGAAAGUGAAAGACAGAGAGUCACACCACAUGACCGAGUUUCACACAACACAGGCAUCUUUAGUUUUGAUGGAACUACUGAGCAUUAUCCCCUUGAAAGAACUACCAAACCACAAACUCUGACAGAUUCCUCUCAAGAAACUCAGCUCCAGUUCUCUGGAGAGCACCCUGCAGAUCCAGAAACAUCCACUGAGGCAGCCUUGUCAUCUACAAUUGAUCCUAAUGUAACUCCAAUGAGGGAUGGCACAGACCCAAUGGAGUAUUUUGUCCAUUCUGAUCCAGAAAGCCAGUCCACCAUCACAGCCGUCACCGCUACACAGAGACGGGAAGAUCAAAUCACCUUCCACACGACGCAAACAAUAAAAUCUCCCCCUUUGGGGUCCACUAUUAUCUCCCAGCAACACAUUCAUAUCAUCCCACACAAGAACAAUAGAGGAGGGGGGCGCAGAAGAAAGUUCCAUGGUCGCAGAAGAAUCCUAAAACCCAACAGGAUAACGGACAUACAGUCCAUUAUCAAUAAACUCAUUCGGCCAUCAGAGCAGAAUACUACAGUACCAUCCAGGAUUGAGCUUUCCACAGGUAAGGAGUUAUCCGUUUCUACGCCAUUUGGGGGACAAGAGAAAGGAGGCAACAAAAAAACAACUCAAAGACAAAAGAAACUAUUUAUUACAACUGAAACUGUAACAACUCCUCAGACUUCAACAGUAACAUUAACUACAUCCUCUGCUACUCCAACCCCCAUCACUGACCGUCCGAUGACUGUACCCGAGGAUUUCACCCCUUCCAGAAAAUCUGAGACCACAGUAAGCUUAUUUGAAGACGACGACUAUGGAGAUUCAUUCUCUGCAGAUUUUGAAGUACCAAAUCUGAAGCCCAGUGUCCAGCAUGUAACUACAAUUAGCCCCACGUAUUACCCCACUACUCAUGAAACACCACUAGAAUCACUAACCCUUGCUUCACCUCCGACGGUCAAACCGCCUUCAGGGAGAAAAUCUGAUGAAGAAUUUGUAUAUGGCUCUGGUGGACUACCAGAUGAUUUUUCUACAACCAAGCGAGUAUCCAGUGGAAAGAGAAACCGGCAAGGAAGGAGAAGGAGACCAUCUAAGGAAAGAAGACCCUUAAAGAAACCUAAAACCACUCAAUCGUAUCCAACAAGGGCUACAAGUACCAUGGGAGGGACAGUCCAGACAACUGUAAUGCCCCAAAAGAGUGUCUCCAAACCCAUGCAUAGACCAUCAAGGCCAAUAGACAGAACUCCAGAGCAGGAGACAUAUGCUUACAAAGAAGUCAACUGGGGCAUUUCUUAUAGUCCAACCAAAACACCUUCUAUCCAUUCAACACCACAAAUGCCAUCUACAUCAAUAGGACCUUAUAGAACAGUUCAGAACAGCGUCUACAGUACAUAUAGACCCCCAACACAGAGGAAUAAGGGUCACACAACAGCUACAAGGAUAACUAGACCUACGGUGCAAAGUGGUGCCAAAAAGAGUGCAGAUAAAGUCAUUUCUUUUGCUACAAUGACCAUAUACGCAGCAGAGCAAAACUACACCAACACAUACAGCAGGAACAAUGUACAACAUGUCUAUGUCACUAUGAGUCCCACUGUUGCUGGUUUAGAACCAACUACUAAGGUCGCAUCGAGCAAACCAAGGAUAGUUGGUGGAAAUGCAGCCAGUUUUACGGUCUUGUCCAACUCGGAUGCUUUCCUGCCAUGUGAGGCUGUUGGAGACCCUGAGCCAGAAAUAUCCUGGAAACGCUUCUCCUCAAGCACAGGAAACAUGGUUACCAUCAAGGGGAGAAUCGGCAAGUUUGAGGUGUUGACCAAUGGCACAUUGACAAUACGGAAUGCCAACAUCAAGGACCGUGGCCAGUAUCUCUGUCUGGCUGAGAAUCAUCAUGGGUCAGAUAAACUUAUUAUCACCCUCUCUGUAGUGGCUUACCCAUCACGUAUCCUCGAGCCCAAAAUGCGUGAAAUGAAGUCUCAUGCAGGAAAUACUGUAGAGAUGAAGUGUAACGCAGAGGGUCGACCCACACCUACAAUAUCCUGGAUUCUAGCAAACCGGACACAAGUAAGAGGCCAAACCACAGCAAACGGAAGGGUAACAGUGACUGCUGGUGGGGCUCUCGUCAUUACACAUGUGUCUGUUUUUGAUAGAGGUCAUUACAAGUGCAUUGCUAGUAACCCAGCUGGGGCUGAUACUGCUACAGUCCGCCUGUAUGUGGUAGCUGCUCCGCCAGAUAUCUUGGAGGAGAAACGUCAGCACGUGAAGACUGUUUUCAACCAGAACAUAUGGCUGCACUGCACAGGACAAGGUGAUCCUAAACCUAGGAUUCACUGGGUCCUGCAUGACGGUUUGGUAGUCAGUCCAAACAGAUUUUCUUGGGACAAGAGGAUAUCUGUUUAUGAGAAUGGAACCUUGCACAUCAAGGAUGUGACUCUAAAUGAUAAGGGCAAAUAUGAAUGUAUUGCAACCAGCUCUACAGGCUCAGAACGAAGGGUGGUGACUGUGACAGUCGAGAAGAAAGAAUCUGCACCGAAAAUAGUGGCGACAUCCCAGUAUGUGACUGAGUUGUAUUUUGGGGAUCAGUUGAAACUGGACUGCUCAGCAAAAGGAGACCCUAAACCCAGGAUUAUGUGGAGGUUACCCUCUGAAACAGUUGUGGACCAGUGGCAAAGAAUGGGUAGCAGAGUCCAGGUUCUGGAAAAUGGCACACUCAUCAUCAACUCUGUGAUUGAUAAAGACGCAGGAGACUAUCACUGUGUCGCUAACAGUGCAACUGGUGAUGACCGGCAACUUCUGAGGGUCAAGGUGUCAAUGAAGCCAGCUAAGAUCGAGCAUAAGCUCUCUUCUGGCAAGAAGAAAGUUUUCUAUGGUAAUGACUUAAAGGUUGACUGUAAAGCCUCUGGGGCUCCAAAGCCAGAAAUCUCCUGGGGACUUCCAGAUGGUACCCUUGUUAAUAGUGCUCUGCAGGCAGAUUCCUUUAGUGGAGGGGGGAGAGUACGACGCUACACUCUGUUUGACAAUGGAACACUCUACCUAAAUGAAGUCAGUAUGUCAGAAGAAGGAGACUACACAUGUAUCGCUGAGAACCAAGGAGGAAAAGAUGAGAUGCACGUACAUAUCACUGUGGUGACCGCCGCUCCGAAGAUACGCCAAGACAGCAAGGCCUUUGCCAGACUAAAACCUGGUGGUAACAUCCGCUUUGACUGUGAAGCAGUCGGUGAACCCAAACCUAAGAUCCUGUGGACGUUGCCUAACAAUGACAUCAUCGCAGCGUCCAACGAGCGCUACUUACUGCAUGUAAAUGGAUCUCUAGAUAUAAGGAACGUGAAGCCAAUUGACACUGGAGAAUAUGUUUGUAUGGCUCGAAACCCUGCUGGUGAAAACAGAAAAGUGUACAGACUUGAAAUCGACGGUAACCCACCAGUCAUCAAUGGCUACCGUCAGAAUAGGACAGUAAUAAAAGAUUUCUCCACAAAAUAUUCAAGGAAGCUUAUGGACUGUAAAGCUGAAGGCAAUCCCACUCCGACCAUCACCUGGAUAAUGCCCGAUAACAUCUUUUUAAGAGCACCAUACUUUGGUGGUAGAAUUAAUGUUCAUCAUAAUGGGACUUUAGAAAUUCGUAAUGUGCGUACUACCGAUACGGGAGAGUUCAUCUGCAUGGCCAGGAAUGACGGAGGCGAGGCGGUAAUGGUGAUACAGCUUGAGGUGACCGAUACGCUCCGAAGGCCCAUCUUUAAGAACCCUUUCAACGAGCGUAUUGUCUCUCCAUUGGGGAAGACCAACGUUUUGAACUGCUCUGCUGAUGGACAUCCAAAGCCAGAGAUCAUCUGGAUCCUGCCUAAUGGAACUCGGCGUACAGGUGGGCAUAACUCCCACGAUGGGAAUUUGGUCAUCUAUAAUGCUCGCAUUGAGGAUUCUGGGAAAUAUCGCUGUGGUGCCAAAAAUAUCAUGGGCUACAUAGAAAAGCUAAUUGUUUUGGAUGUUGGCCAGAAGCCUUUCAUCCUGACGAGGCCGAGAGGCAUCAUACGCAGUAUGUUUGGGGAUCCUUUAUACCUUCACUGUUUAUCUGAUGGAAACCCAAAACCUAGAGUCUACUGGACCCUUCCUGGGGGCCACACUCUUACUUGGCCACAAGUCCUGGGCCGCUAUAAACUGCAAGAGAACGGUACUCUAGUUGUCCAAGGCACAACUCUCCAUGACAGAGGAAACUAUGUCUGCCAAGCUCGGAACGAUGCCGGUGAGGCAUUGAUCACAGUCCCUGUUGUUAUCAUCGCCUACCCUCCACGGAUCACUACAAUGCCACCCCCUAGCUUAACCGUAAUGGCUGGGACACCUAUCAAGCUAAACUGCGCUGCCGUUGGAUUACCCAAACCAGAGAUCACAUGGGAGUUGCCGGAUUAUUCCAUUCUGUCAACAGCACAACGAGGAAGACCGAUGGGAAGUGAACUGCUUCACCCUCAGGGCACGCUUAUCAUUCAGCGACUCACAGCCUUAGACUCUGGCACUUAUAAGUGUCUGGCCAAGAACCACCUUGGUACAGACCUGAAGGCUGUUUAUGUGCGUGUGAUGUAGGAAAAUAAAUCAGGGCUGACGUAUUCACUUGGAUAUUCACGUAUUUGCUGCCUUUUUGUAUGUAAAUUUAAGAGAAUCACAGCAUAUUGCAAAUAUAUAUAUAUAUAUAUAUAUAUGGUAUGAAUGAGAACAACCUUUUUAAUUGCCAAAACACAGCUGGGGGUGAAAUUUGUUAUUGUAACUUGGAAGUGAACGUCUAGAAAAUCAUACAGUAGUUGGCUCUCAUUCAUGUAGAGUGAUUCUCCCGGGAGCUGAAUGUGUUCAUACAGUCCAAACCAAAGUAAGAACGUGUUGGGGGUGGGGGGUGGGGGGCGAGGGCUUUGCUGGCAACACAUGGAUGCAAUUACAGCCCAUACUGUAUCAACAACAUGUUCUUUAACAGCAAACGACUAAGGCAGGGGGCUAAAUAUACGUAUAUUGUACAAAUAUGUUAAGAGGAAACCAUGAAAUUUUUUAUUUUUUAUAUUUUUUUAAUCAAAAGAUAAAAGUAUGUAGACUGUUUUACACUGGAUGGAUAUCUUGUUGGCAACAAAGUCAGUGAUUUCAAAAACUGGAGGUACGGCAAAUUCUGGUUGAAAGCAGAUUCCUUUUUUAAAAACAUUUUAAAUUUUUAAGAAUUAUGAUCUAUUGUGUUGUACACAAGAAUUUACAGUAAUGUUAUACAUUAUGUUUAUUUGUAGUAAUACGGUAUAUCUUUUUUUUUUUCUUCAAAAAAUGACUUUUAAUGAAUGGGAGGAAUAAUAAACAUUUAAAGAGAUUUGGGAGUUUUUUUCAUUCUGGAGUUUUCCUUUUCAUUACCGUAAAUUCCAGACGAUUGAGUACACCCACCAAAGAGAAACAAGUGUUAUACAUAUACUAUACGCCACACUUGAGAUAUUUACACAGAAAGACAAACAUAAACCUUGCAAUCCUACCUACAUUCGGUGUUCCCCGCAUCACUCGUUCAACAGCUACCACGAUCCAUGUGCUUCAUCAAAUGUACAAGAUUUUUCAGAUCAAAACAUAAUCGCUGCAUAAGACUUCAAAACAUGUAAUGUUAGCAUAGUUUUUUAGCCAUAAAUUAGGCACAUCAUUGUUUAACUUGCAGGAUUUGAAGUGUGUGAAAAAAACAGAUGCUCGUUGUCUGGAAAUUACGGUAAUAUAUUUUUAUUUGAAAAUAAGUAAUUGCUGCAGUAGUGAAGCAAUUUCUCAAUAUGAUACCACAUAAAUUGGAGCUUAAUACUAAUACUCAACACUUGAUAACUGUCAACAUAAACAAAACUAACCACUGAGCUGAAUAUGUUGCUGUUGUCGCCUCAAUUUUAAAACACAAUACAACUGAAAACAGAUCAAUAUUUCAUAGACGCUCAAAUUUUAUGUCAACAAAAGCAACUUACUAUGUACUGUGUGUCAAUGUGUGUCUGGCAAUACUAACACCAAGGUGGACUGGGACUUGUUGACAUAAGCGACUGAAAAAAAAACUUUGACAUAAAUAAGACAUUACAUAAAAUCACACAUUUGCAUUGACAAGAUACUUGCAGCUAUUGCCUCAUUAAUAUUGUACCUUUGAAUGCAUCUUCUGAAUGCCUUGCAUUUGUAGAUUAUUUCAUUUAGACAUGCAGUUUUAUGCCUGAAAAUGCAUAAUUUAGGCCAAAAAAACCCGCAAAUGCAUCUUUUUUUGAUUAAUGGGAUGACUGUAAAAAGAUGUAUAUAACAUUAUGGUAUUGAUCAUCCAUCACUAGAAAUCAAUGAACUAUACAGCAUUUAUGAGAGGCCUACAGUAGCUAGUAAUACUUUGAAAUAUGUUUGCUGGUUGGUUACUUUUUGUUUUCUACAGGAGCAAAUAAAU